AAUUGAUCUGGAGAGAGUGAAGCAAGUAGAGAUGGCUAAAACGAUGUCGUUGCUGCUCUGUACUCUGGUCCUUCUCGGAGCCCUAGCUCUAAUUGAGGCGAAGAAAUCCAAGGAGGAUCUGAAGGAGGUGACCAACAAGGUUUACUUCGAUGUUGAAAUCGCUGGGAAGCCAGCUGGUCGGAUCGUUAUGGGUCUCUUCGGGAAUGCUGUUCCGAAGACGGCAGAUAAUUUCCGAGCCCUUUGCACAGGGGAGAAGGGCAUUGGAAAGAGCGGAAAACCACUCCAUUUCAAAGGUAGCAAAUUUCACAGGAUUAUUCCCAGCUUCAUGCUUCAGGGAGGUGAUUUCACUCUCGGUGAUGGAAGAGGUGGAGAAUCAAUUUAUGGUGAGAAGUUUGCUGAUGAGAAUUUCAAGCUGAAGCAUACUGGACCAGGACUUUUGUCAAUGGCAAAUGCUGGUAAAAACACCAAUGGUUCCCAGUUCUUCAUCACCACUGUGACAACUAGCUGGUUGGAUGGCAAACAUGUUGUAUUUGGAAAGGUGCUGUCUGGCAUGGAUGUGGUUUACAAGGUUGAAGCUGAAGGAACUAACAGUGGAACACCCAAGAGCAAAGUUGUGAUCGUUGACAGUGGCGAACUUCCCCUUUAAAUUUUCGUAGAGUGAUAAUAACUGUAGUUGUUCCUUUGUCCACUUCGUUUUUCAUGUGAGAAACUUCUAGAUGUUGUCAGUGUAAUGAUAGAUUUUUAACUUUGUACACUUCUUUUUUCUCAAUCUGCGUGAAUUUGAUAGUGUCAAUGAGGACAGAAAGAAGACUGAUUGUUGUGUAUGUACUUUAGAUUUAGAUCAUUUUAGACGUAUUUAAUAUUUCAUAUUUUCGAUCUCCGUGAGUUUAGUAUUACUAAAUUAUAGUUGUUUCUAAUUAGAUUGAUAAUCUCUUUGCAGCGAUUAAUUUGCUGGUCUGGCUAAGCCAUGGAAUGGAUUAUUCCUUCAUUUUUCUU